AAUUCGUGCUGAUGAGAGCUUAAUAUGAAUUGUGAAGGGCGGAGCUGUCCCUCCUCCUGCUGGUGAACACCACAUCCGUGUCACACCUCACCUGUACCAUUCCGUAUUUAAGGACAGAGACAGAUGUCUUACGUCAGAGAAUCGCCGUGAACCAGACUGUUAGACAGAUUAUAGGAUUCGGUUCCAGAAAGACCUACGAGGUGAUUCAUCGCCACCAUGUGAGAUGGGCAAGUAGCCCUGCUUUCUACUGCUGGCUGACACAUAAGACACCUCUGCGAACAGGAGAGGUUCCCAAGACAAAAGUUUCACUCCAUAUCUCCAUUCCUCUUCAUCGGCGUGAGCCAUGCAUUUCUUAAGUUUGCACACUUGCUAAACACCGCAGAUAUGAAUACGACUGAGGCAUAUGAACCAUUCUUAUCCCAGGUGGACAAUAGUACCCUUCGUGCUUAUGACACAGUCUGGUUCGAGAACACAACACAUAGCCUGUCCAUAGAAAAUUCCACGGACGGUAUUCUGGCUAUAGCGCAUUUAACCCGUUUUAAGAUUGCGAAAUGGCUGGACACUUACUCUACAUAUAUCCUGACAGCGGUGGCGCUACUGGGCAACUCGGUGGCUCUCAUUACCAUCUGCAGCAUGAAGCCCAUCACGUCCACAUCUAUUUACAUUGCCACUUUGGCUGUCACAGAUACCGUGUGCCUGCUAUGUAAGCUUCUGGCAGUCCAUCUGGUCAGAUAUCCUUCCCUUCCCCAAGAGGUUUCCUGUGGACUCAUGCUAUUUUUGUUCUUCUUCGCCCAGUACUCCGCAAGCUGGCUGAUCGUUGUUAUAUCCCUGGAACGCUUUGUUGCCGUGUGGUUUCCGCUGCGCGUAUCCCUUGUAUCCACAAAGCGACAUGCAGUUCUGUUCCUGGUCAUUGGAUCCUUGAUUUUCAUCGGCCCUAGUGUUUGGACAUUCUGGCUAUACGCCCGACUGGAUCACGAUCACUACGGGCCUGUUUGCGUCAUCCGAUUGAGAUAUGACGUCGCUAGGGCCGUGCUCAAGAAACUUCAUCCUAUACUUUAUAUCAUCUUACCUUUCGCCCUAAUUCUUGUCACCAACAUCUUGAUCAUAUUUGGGUUGAGGAAGGCACGGAGAUUCGGGCAACAGGUUAAAGUGAACGGCUUCAGAACAAGAGGCCGUUACCAAGCGCCGUCCCGGAUGACGGCCAUGUUGCUCACCACAGCGUUUGUAUUCCUUCUACUUGAACUUUUAAUGGUCAUCUUGACCCUGUUCAGACAUUACAGCAAUGCUGGUCUCGAAUCCUUCGUGGAGGAUUACUUUUUCGUGGAAAUGGCUCAAACCCUGGAGGAUACCAAUCAUGCUGUAAACUUUUUCCUGUAUUUUUGUUCCGGUGCAAAGUUUCGCGAAACCUUCUUGCGCCUGAUUCGGGGCAAGUCUUGCCGCACCCCAACGUACCCCCGACAACUUACAUGGAGCUCGCGGAUGAGUUCUUAUCGCGAGACUUUUACGAAAGGGGAAUCCAUUAAGAUGGUACCACAAGAAGGCUGAGAGACCAAGCGUGAAAAUGAUACCAUUGCUUUGGACCGGUGCAGCAAUAAAACUCAUCGACUUUUAACAUCGUUGUAUUUAUUGAAAUGCAAGACACUGGUGAAAAUGUACAUGUGUCGAACAAGAUCCCACGCCAUUUUGUUAUUUAUUAAGGAAUCGCAAACACAGCACGUUUUAUUUCAUUAUUGGUACUGUCGUUCAUUUGACAGAAUUCCGUAUGCCUCAGGAUGUAAAAUAUUAACAUUAUAUUCGACAAGGGUCAAAUUGUUGACAGUAGUUAUUACAUUUAGCUUUAGUCAAAUAUUAGGAAUUUGAGAUUGUUAUUAUGGCAAUUAAAUGCUUGGUUAAGAUACUUAUGAGAUGAAACUGCUCAGUCAACGUCUUGAUUUACUUACUUCAGAGAAAGCAGUCAUAUGAACAAUCCCUCUGUUGUGAACGGUAUUCAUAUAGAAAUUGUGCACUACAAGUCAUGCAGACUAUGAUGUGCCUUACUCAUUCAUUUAAGAUAUUUAAUAUUAGAACACGAAUUCUUUGCAAGUAUGGAUAUAUUAUACACAUGUCAUAUAUUUUUCAUUGUUAUGGAUAUUAUAUGAUACGUCAGUUGUGUGUAACAGCGUCCUGUAGACAUAUGUUGUGAAGCCUACAGACCCAUGCAUGAGGCAGAUGAUCUCCGUUUAGCUAUUGUUUGUUUAUGACCUGUGGAAGUGAAGUCAGUGUAAAGUAUAGCUAUACAGCCAUUUCUCUAAGCAACUUUCCUUUACUGAAAAUGAUACAGCUUACCUUAAAAAUUUUCAGUAAUUUAUUCACUUAUUCUUGACCAACAGGGCGAUGAAAAGGACAUUUGAAGUAUCAUUUGAAAAUAUUUUUGUAUUUUUUUUUUCAAUCUUUUUAAGUGACUUUAGUUAGAAUAUUUUCUUUGAUCCCUUUGCUAACAAGAAGACAUUUUGGGCUCCAAAUAUCGGUUUGGUAACUUCAUCUGGGAAUCAGAGAAAAUACUCUAAAUAUAGAUGCACAUGUAUUUAGCGAGGAUAGAUAACAUUUGAUCUUGGAUUUUGCUCAUCUGUGUAAUAUUGUCCAUUUUCAACUGUUUAUUUUGCGGCUCAUUGGGUGCAGGGAAUGAAACAUAAAUGAAGAGUGGAAGACAAAGUAAUGUCAGUAGUAAUGAGUAAUGUCACCGCAUGGUUGAAGUAUUUCACAGGCAAUGCAAGAAUGACUCAAACAAACUUCUUUACAUAGUGGCCUGGGACCGGCUUCAUAAGAUUUUAGCCAUUUUGCCCUUUCGUCCAAAUCUUAAUCCAAACCUUUAAUUUUACUUACAAAACAAAAUAUUUGAGGCUGGGUGCUCAAACUUGGCUGAAAUUGUACAACCACAGAAUUAAUCGGCUGUCAAAAUUUCAUUCAUUUGAUGCAUAUAUUUUUGAGUAAUUUCCGCUAUUUCAGACCUAAGCUGGAAAUAGCUUUCUUAAACAGGACCGUGUAGAAUGAUAUGAAAGCUUGCAGUGAGUUUCAUUGCAUCCUGUCAGACCUGUAAAUACAUAUAGCCCUGUAUGAGCAUGCCAGACCAUAUUCUAUACAGAUAUAUUUGCUUGACGUUGUGACAGCUUGUCUUUUCUUUUUUAUGAUCAUAUUUGACUUAUCUUUUAAAAGUCAUACACAAUGUUUGAGAUGAAGAUACCGACGGAAAGUUUGCAGUGCAUUCUUAUUCAUGGACAGCUAAAUGAGGUCGUUCGUUACAGUAAUUCUUCAACCUUUUCGCAUAUCUGCAAGGUGUUUAAUCAAGCGUUUAAUUACUAUGGCUCUAUUCUGUGUAGACUAAUACGAUUUUACUUUUUGUAAAGCCCUGAAUUUGGCCAACCCAACCAAUAUAAUUUUGCCUCCAAAAUCUAGUUAUAAAUGUGCAUAAAUUGCGUUGAAAGAUGCUUUGUCACAUGCCAAGAUGUUGAGGAAUUCCGGUGUAUACAAAUUAGUGGAAAAUUGUAGCUGUCUGUAUUUCUCGUCGAAUUUUGUCUUUUUAUA